AUGGGUAAGAGGAAAAAGAAAGUGGAAACUCGAAACUACUGUAAAAACAGAGAGCCAUGCGACGUGUUCAUAAACCACAGAGGAAGCGAUACGAAGAAAAACAUUGCCGGGUUGCUCUACGAGCACCUUUCAAGGUUGGGGAUUAAGCCUUUCAUGGACAGCCGAAACAUGAAGCCUGGGGACAAGUUGUUCGACGAGAUUGACGCCGCUAUCGGAAAUUGUAAGGUUGCUGUUGCACUCUUGUCGCCCAACUAUUGUGAGUCCCGCCAUUGUCUCCGUGAGCUCACUCUUUUAAUGGAGUCCAACAAAAGAGUUUUACCCAUCUUCUGGGAUGUCAAACCGUCAGAGCUUCGGGUUAACAGCAAUGGACGCCAAUUUUCAGAUGAAGAAAUCUCGAGAUUCGAAAGGGCACUUGAACAAGUUAAAUAUACCAUUGGGCUAACCUUCAACUCGAACAAAGGGGAUUGGUCCGAAUUCCUAGUAAAUGCUUCGAAAGUAAUAAAGAAUUUGCUUGAAGAAGAAGAUCAAUCCAUGACUGAAAGAUUCCAAAGCCUUGUUUCAAAGUACCGAUUGUUGCAUAAUUUGUGUUUAUUUAUCUCCUUUACUCAAAAGCAACCACAAAAGGCGCCGUCAUGUCAUCCGGUCUCGUGGCCAAUCCCGGCGGCGGAGGGAUGGAAUCAUGCCCUUCAAAAAUCUGAAGAACGUUUCCAACCUGAGUGUAUCAUAUGUAGGAUUAUUAUACCACGUCUUCAUCGAAACUUGCUACUCCACAUCGCCGAAGAUCGUGAUCACCCUGAGGAUGACUGUUAUUUUAUAUGAGAAUUGCUAGGGAGUCAAACAAAUGAACCCAAAUUUUUUAUUAAAUUAACGU